UAUGAAGACCUCGAGGGAGGAAAAAUUACAGUUCAACCCGUCCAGCUGUUUGAUUUAACCUCUGUGUGAAAAAUACACUCAGAUGGGCUGAACUGGGGCUGAUUUGAGACCGAAUUGGGUCAGAACUUGGGCCUUUCUUUGGCUGAAGAUUAUAACACUUUUUGUUUAUGAAUAUUUCUGGUUAUUUUUGCUUCCCUCGCCUGUCUUCCUUUCCCUCUCUUCACUUGUUAAACUCAUAGUUUUGUGAUUUUGUGCCUCAGUUUGUUCUUAUUUCAUGUCUUUGUCUGUUUCAUGUGGUUCUUCUGGGUUUUUCCUGCUCUUGCAGCCAUUUAUUGCCAGUUUCUAUCCCAGCCUUCCUGCUUCAGUGAUCCUUCAUGUCUUGUCUUGCAGAUGUUAGAGUUAAGAGUUACAACCCAGGACAGAUAGGGCACCACAGCAUCUGAUGAGAUUUUAUGGUGAUUUAUUGAAGCCACCCUCUGAAUCUUCUGCAGAGCUCAGCUGCACAGAGACAUGUUUAUAUCAGACAUCUGGAUCUUCCAGUCCGUCUGAAACAGAGACCGUAUUCUCCAGAGAAACGGGUUCUGUGAGACGUCUCUGUCUGUGUGGUAAAAAUGGAAACAUGAUGGAAGACUGAGAGAAGAACUCCAGACUGUCGCCCUGCAGCCUCAUUUCCUCUGACUGUGUGUGUGUUUGUGAAUCACGUGUGAGUAAGUGAAGGCAGAACCUGGAGCGUGCUCAGACCUGCGGCAGGACCGGAGAGCGGUUAAAAACCCGAGCCCAGAGAGGCUCCAGCAGAUUCUCUUCACAGCUGGUUUCAGGAUCCACACAACAUGUGGAGCAGCUGGAUUUCACUCUGUGGGAUUCUGGCUGCAGUUUGCUCGGUCCAGACCACCUACACCUUCUACUCAAAGGUCCGAUGUGAAUGUAACGGCAGGGCCCGGUACUGCCUGCAGGACGCCUCAGGUCUGCGCUGCGUGGACUGCCGAGGAAACACCGAGGGCCGACACUGCGAGCGCUGCAAAGAUGGCUUCUACCAGCAGGGGGCGGGACUGAGCUGCACGCCCUGCAGCUGCAACCCUACAGGUUCGGUCGGUGACAUUUGUGACAGCAGGGGGCGCUGCAGCUGCAAGGAAGGUGUCACCGGAGACAAAUGUGAGCGCUGCCCCGAUGGACCGAUCGGGCCGAACGGCUGCAGACAGAGACGUCAGGAAAGAGAGGAUUCUGGGAGUUUGACUCUGCCGUGUUUCUGUUACGGACACAGUGAGCAGUGUUCUGCACAGCCUGGUUACUCCAUCUACAACAUCUCCUCCACCUUCAGUACAGGUCCGGAAGGUUGGACGGUGGGGACAGUCCAGGGUAUGACUCCUCAGGAUGUUCUCUUCCGCUGGACACCGAAACACCAGGACCUUGAGGUGAUCUCCAAACAAAGCCUGCCGGCUUACCUGCAAGCACCAGACGUUUACCUGGGGAACAAACUGCUGAGUUAUGGUCAGAACUUCUCCUUCUCACUGCGUUUGGACCGCGGCGUUCGGUACCCGUCUACAAACGAUGUGAUCCUGGAGGGCGCCGGUCUGAGAGUCGCUGCCUCUUUGGGUGACCUGAGAUCCAUCGUCCCAUGUGGGAAGAAGAUCAGCUACACCUUCAGGCUGGACGAGCAGCUCAGCAGCAAGUGGAGGCCUCAGCUUUCCUCAUCCGAGUUCCAGAAGCUUCUCCAGAACCUCACAGCCAUAAAGAUCCGGGCCACAUUUGGAGAAAAUGGACGUGGUUACCUGGACAACGUGAACCUGGUGUCGGCACGGCGUGGAGAUGGCGUCCCAGCCAGCUGGGUUCAGACUUGCAGAUGUCCACCAGGAUACGAGGGUGACUUCUGUGAGCGCUGUUCGGCCGGGUUCAGGCGCAGGGUCCCGUCAGCAGGACCUUUCAGCGGCUGUGAGCCUUGCAGCUGCAGGGGCGGCAGCUGUGACCCCCAGACCGGAGACUGUUACUCUGCCGACGAGACUCCCGGCGAGCAGAGCUGUUCAGAGGGGUUUUACAGAGACCCGAUGCAGCAGGGGGACUGUGUGAGGUGUCCCUGUCCAGAGAGGACAUCCUGCUUUCUGGCUGCUGGAGCUCUGGAGCCUCAGUGUCUCCGCUGUCCACCGGGGACCAUUGGGUUUUACUGCGACACCUGUCGGGAGGGUUUUUACGGUGACCCUGUAGGUCUUCUAGGCGUGCAGCGACCCUGCAGACCCUGCAACUGCAACGGUCACAUUAACGUCGGCACGGCAGGAAGCUGCGACCGCUCCAGCGGAGAAUGUCUGCGGUGUUCAAACAACACGACCGGACGGUUCUGUGAGAACUGUCUGAGAGGGUUCUACCACAACCGAUCCACCGAUGCCUGCAAACCUUGUAACUGUGACAUCCAGGGCUCCGAAUACGACCAGUGUGAUGACUCGGGUCAGUGUCGGUGCCGACCGGGCUUCGAGGGUCUGAGGUGUGAUCGACCCAACUGUCCCACCUGUUUCAGCCCCAUCCAAAAGAAGAUGGAGGGUUACGCUGCCAAACUGAAGGAGCUGGAGAUUCUGGUUUCUGAAUCGGGCCGAGUUGUGACUCACCAGGAGAUUGAGGCGGUUCUGAGAACGAUGGAGGAGCUGGUAAACAACCUGCAGGAGAACAGCAAGCAGCUCACAGAGACGGAGAAGAUCCUGCAGGGUCGUCUGUCGUCCAUCAGCAGCAGUCAGCUGACAGCAGGACAGGAGAUCCAGAACAUCUCCGAGAUAUCCAACCACAUCAGGCAACAGCAGCAAACCUUCAGGUCAAAGGUGGAGGAGGUGGAGACGCUGAUGGAUGAGAUGAGACGCCAACUGGAGGAGGCCAGAACCAAGGUCCAGUCAGCGGAGCUUCCUCUCCUAGAUGACCCCCAGAGUUCAGACAGUCUGUCUUCACUGGUGCAACUGGCAACAGAGCUGGCUGAGAAACACAAGACGACGGCCGACUCUGUGGAGCAAACAGCCAACAAGGCUCUGAGUGACUCGAAGGAGAGUCUGGCUCUGGUCCGAACGCUCAUGACCAGAGAGAACAAAGUGAAGGAGCUGAUUGGAGAUCUGCAGACCCUCUAUGAUCAGACCUCAGCAGAUGUUAAACAUUUGGAGAAGCGGGCUGGUGGUCUGAGCGACGAAGCCAAGCAGGAGAGCAAAAUGGCCGACAGCAUGCUGAAAGACAUCUCCAGGUUGGAAAAGAACCUCCCUCCAUCGAUGAAGGGGGAUGUGGACGCCAUGGUUACCAGGCUGGAUGGGUUGAAGGAGGCGGUGGAGAGGAACAUCUCGGCCGUGGAGGAUCUGCUGGAUGCUGUGGAGGAAGACAGGACGAUUGCUGAAGACCUGUUGGACAAAGGAAAAACUGCCCAGCAGGAGUUCAACAAGCUGCUGGACAGAGUCAACGAUGCUAAAAAUGAAACCGAGAAGGUUCUGCAGAGCAUCAGAACCAACAACGACGACCUGGACAGCACCCUCAACACCCUGAGAGGUUUUGAUCAGCAGAUCAGUGACAGCAAAGCUCUGGCUGAUGGAGCCAUCAAACGUCUUCCAAGCAUCAACUCCACCAUCCAGGAAGCUGUUCGUAUAAACGGCGAGACACAGUCUGCUCUGGACAAAGCGUCCAAAGAUUACAAUAACGCCAUGGGAACCAUCAGCAUACUGGACAACCUGGCCGACCGCCUCGAGAAAGCAGUUGGGUCGCUGCCACCUUAUGAAGGUUUGGUGGAUGAAGCCAGCAGACUGAACAAGGAGGCCAAGGAUCUGGAGAGCAGGACAAAGCAGACAUCUGAAGAUCUAGAAGAGGAGCUGAAAGAGGCGGACAGGCUGGCUGCUGAUGCUGAGGAGGCAGCUGCUGGGGCAACUUCAGCGUUCAUCAACGCCAAACAGAGCAGGACCGCCGUGCAGGAAAUGCUGCGAGUCAUUAACACCAUGCUGACCAACCUGAACAACUCCGCCCCCGUGGAUGAGGAGCAGCUGAGGAAGCUGGAGGAGACUCUGGCCAAAGCUGAGAAGGAUGUGGUGGGUCGUCUGAGACCUCGGCUGCAGGACAUGGAGGAGCAGGAGGAGGCACACCGCCGCCGGCUGACCGCCAUCAACGUGGACAUCGACAGAGUCCUGGCAGAUAUCGCUAACCUGGAAGACAUCGUGAGGACCAUCCCCAGCGGCUGCUUCACCAACCCGCCCAUCGAGGAGGCCUGAGAGGCAUCGCCAGCUCAGACUUGGUAUCUCCUGACCUUCUGAGAGGUUUUAUCUGCUGCAGUGAUGAGUUCCUGCCAUAUGAACAGAAACCGGGUCGGUGGGGCUGUGUGUAGACCCACUGACCCGGCUCAAAAACACAGCUCUGCUCAUUGAUGGUUUCAGAUUAUUUUUUAUAAAGAAAUAAAAGCGCCCAAACUUGUUGUUCCACCUCUGACUUCUCCUAAUUCAGAACAAUUAACACCAGAGAAAAAGUUUUGAAUAUUUUUAACAGUUGAUAUUUUAGCAUUUUUAGACAAUCAGACGCCUUUUAUGAAACAUGUUCAUUAAAUUAGUUUUUUUCAGAAUUUUGACAUAAAUUUAACAAAGUUUUCCGAAUAAACUGAGGACUUUAUCUUCAUCCGUCGCCACAGUUUGAAAGUUUAACUUGAAGCCGUCCAAACGUCUCCACCUGAGUCCUCUGUUACCAUGGAAACGGUACUGUCCUGGUGUUUCAUUGGUUGCAGUUUAUUAACAGAUCUCUGUGUUAUAUUUAUUUGUGAAUAAUGAGGAAGAGGUGAACAACCUUAAAGUCUUAACGAACUUUCUGCAGGUUAGUGGAGCCUUUUGAGGUGUUUCCAUGAAUUAAUCGAUUAUAAAUGAAUAGAUUAUUGUUUUACUGUGUGAUAAUCAACAAGUGAAAUAGAUUGCUUUAUUUUUCUGUAUUUAUAACUGUAUAUACUCAUAUCAUUUUUUUGUCUCUUAUAAAUUCAAUUUUUUAUUAGUUUUGUUACCAAAAGUGUUGGAUCACUGAACAGCAGAAAAUAUUUAUGUUUCCUGAUUGAUUUAAAAUAAAAUCAGUUUCUUUUAUCACA